AUGUCGUCGUCGCCAAAUGGUGGGAUGACUAUUGAGGAUAUAUGGGAUACGACGAGAUCGACUACGAUGGUAGCAUGGUCGAAUACCACACGACGUAUGCGUGUUGUUGGUGGUGUAUUUUUAUUUUUCAUCCUCUCCAUCCUACUUCUCAGACCUUCAAUACCAGAACGCCCGUCUCUCCCUACUAUACCCAAAUUAACCCUCGACUAUGGCGCACCACCCCCAUCCCAAUACAAUGCCUCCAAAGUAGCACUUAUUAUCGAAAAUCGCGUCAAUCCAAUUCUAUCUCCCCUUAUGCUACACUUUAUGUCCGUCGUGCCUCCCGACUGGCGUUUCCGCUUCAUGGGCAGUCUCGAAUCCGUCGCGCAUAUGAAUACCAGUCGCGCGAUUCGUCAACACGUUCAAUCUGGGAAACUCGACCUAACAUAUAUCCCCGCCAACAUGACGACCGGUUCGCAAGAAGAGAUCAGUCGAUUCCUUACGAAUUUAUGGCUCUAUGAAACGGUGCUACAACCUGCGGAAUGGUUACUGCUGGUUGGAUUACGAUUGGGUAGGAGCACCAUGGAAUCCCAAUGGCAAAUUUGGGGGAACGGGGGAUUGAGUUUGCGACGCGUGAGCGCCAUCAUCGAAGUCCUGCGCAACCAAGUGCGAGAAGAUAAUUCCGAGGCCGAAGAUGUGUGGCUUACUGAUCGAUUGGGACAUCGACCCGGGUCCAAACUUGCAAAUGGCACGGCUUCACUUACGUUUUCGGGAGAAAUGCAUAGUGGCCAAGGAGAGCGAGUUGCUGCCGAGAGAAAAAAGGCAAAGGGGAAAGAUGGGAAGGCUGGGGGGUUGAUAAAGGGGGUGGAUGAUUGGAGAGAUGGUUUUUAUGAACCGAUGGGUUAUCAUACUGGUGGAAGUGGAGUGACACUUCAUGCGGGGAUCUGGGGAACACCGGAGAUGAGAAAACAUAUUUGGGAUUAUUGUCCCGAAGUCAAGAUGACGAUUAGGAUGGAUGCGGCGAAAUAUGUCCCGGGGGAUUGCAACUCGAAUUGGAAAAGAUGGGAUAUGGGUCAAGAGGGUGUUAAGAGGAGAGAUGAGAAUGUGGAGAUCAUUGAUGGGGUGGAAUAUCCUAUGUGGCCAGCAAGUUUGGUACCCUGGUAA